UCAGAGCGACUUAUUUCCGCGAGGAGGUAUUUUUCAUAACAGCGGCCGCGCGUGUACGGCAACGUUUUGGGCCACGGGGACGCUAACGGUGGACCGUGGGCACUGUGGACGCCUUCCCGCCUAGUGCACGGCAUUACGCUAUUAUUCUAAGGCAGUGUAGUAAUAGAUACAGAAGCUUGUCACAAUGUUGGAUAUUCGCCCAAACCACACCAUAUACGUCAAUAACCUUAAUGAGAAGGUGAAAAAGGAAGAGCUCAAGAGAUCACUUUAUGCAAUAUUCUCCCAGUUUGGCCAAAUUCUUGACAUUGUUGCAUUGAAGACACUAAAAAUGCGUGGCCAGGCUUUUGUUAUCUUCAAGGAAAUUCAGAGUGCCACCAACGCCAUGCGUGCCAUGCAGGGAUUUCCUUUCUAUGACAAACCAAUGAAAAUUGCUUACUGCAAGACAGACUCAGACUUAAUAGCUAAACAGAAAGGCACCUACAAGGAACGAGGAACAAAACGAAAAGAAGAAGAGAAAAAGAAAAAGAAAGGGAAAGAUGCAAAAGGAGCACCGGUUGUGCCUUCUGCCACUGCUGCAGCAGCAAAACCUGGAGCCACCGUUGUACCUCCACGUCCAAACCUGUUCAACCAGCCACCGCCAGUUCAUGGAGCAGGAGGCAUCGGGGUGCCUGAACAACCCCCCAACCAGAUUCUCUUCCUUACUAAUCUGCCAGAUGAAACUUCUGAGAUGAUGUUGUCCAUGCUCUUCACACAGUUCCCCGGAUUCAAAGAAGUACGUCUGGUUCCUGGUCGCCACGAUAUUGCUUUUGUGGAGUUUGAGAAUGAAAUGCAAUCUGCAGCAGCCAAAGAUGCCCUUCAAGGCUUCAAGAUCACUCCCACACAUGCCAUGAAAAUUGCAUUUGCUAAGAAGUAAGGUGCACCAGUCAUGGAAAUCCAAAGUACUGUCCAAGAUCUUACUUCAGUGGCAUUGCAUAUUUAUUUAGUUAAGGAAAAUGAACCAUACAGUUAACAUCCCUCAUUCUUACUCCAAUAAAUGCAUAAUUGGCAUUAGCUACAAAAUUUUGAAGGUGGGUUUAGGGAAACUUUUCAAGCAUUAAUUCCAUUUCCCCAAAUUAGUAAUCUUAUCAUUGUUGCUGUUAGUGCAGUCUUGUCUUUAAAUUUGAUGAGUCGCCUUGAAUAAAAUUCCCUUUUAUUCACAGUCCAUGAUAACAAAUGAUAGGAUACAUAUGAUAAGGGUGUUAAGAGCUGUAUUUCAUUUUUAAAUGAAAGACUUAUAUUGUGAAAAUUUCUUAAAUAAAGUGUAAUAAAUGAA